GCUUCAAAAGUCAGAGUCCCUAUAAAUACCGUUGAAUACGCGCAUCUCAUGUGUCAGAAUUUGCAUGUAAUAGCGGAGCGGAGAAGCAGAGAACUAUCCUGAAUGGGGCCCUGCUUAUCCCGGAGUGAGACGGCGAAACGUCGGCGGCCGAAACCAAACCCGUUCCGUUCGACAUCGGUCGCGGGAGGAAGAAAUCCGUCGACUAGGAGGCAGGACGUCGUGUUUCAGGACCAUGAGCUUGCCGCCGCUGCGGUGGCAAUCCUCUGCCAACGGAAGUUGCAGAGCGGAGGCGGCAGUGGUGACGGCACGACCAGCUCUGAUAGUUCUGCAUUGGCUUCCACUCUUCAGCUAUUCAGAUCGACGACUAGGAGGAAUCAUCAGCUGUCUCCUCGAAGUUUGAGCUCCACGGCUCGAUCCCCUGAUCUAUUGCCUCCGUCUCAACAACUCACUAGUGAGGAACUGUGUGUUGAUGGUUUGGAGGCGAGCCAUUUUGUUCUCGUUCACGGCGGUGGUUUUGGGGCUUGGUGCUGGUAUAAAACGAUUUCGCUUCUGGAAGUUGCUGGAUUUAGAGUUACCGCACUAGAUUUAAGUGGGUCUGGAGUUCAUUCCUUUGACACAAAUUGUGUUACAAGUCUCUGUCAGUAUGUCAAGCCACUUACAGAUUUUCUCGAUCAACUAGCUGAUGGACAAAAGGUGAUCUUGGUAGGGCAUGAUUCCGGUGGUGCUUGUAUAUCAUAUGCAAUGGAGCUUUUCUCUUCAAAAGUCUCCCGAGCUAUUUUCAUUGCUGCUGCUAUGCUAACCAAUGGGCAGAGUACACUUGAUAUGUUCUCCCAAAAUCAGACAAAGGAAAAUGAUCUGAUGAUGCAAGCUCAAAGAUUCAUUUACGGUGAUUGCAAGAGUAGUAAACCCACUGCCAUUGACCUGGACAAAUCAUUCUUGAGGGACUUGUUAUUUAACCAGAGUCCUGCUAAGGAUGUUUCUUUAGCGGCAGUGUCGAUGCGGCCAAUUCCCUUCUCCCCAAUUCUGGAGAAGCUUACAUUAUCAGAUGCUAAGUAUGGGUCUAUUAGACGAUUUUACAUUGAAACUCCAGAGGAUAAUGCUAUCCCCAUUUCUCUACAGCAGACCAUGAUUGACCAAAGCCCUCCAGAAAAGGUUUAUCAUCUUAAAGGCGCAGAUCACUCGCCAUUUUUCUCCAAGCCUCAAUCCCUUCACAAAAUAUUGGUAGAAGUCGCAAGAAUCCCUUCAAAAACAUCAUGAGAGUUCAAUGUGAGUAUAGAGAGAAGUGAGGUGGAAAGGAAAAGCACAAAUUUUGUAUACACCGGAAAUUUUGCAAAGCAAGAUCGUAGAUAUAUAUACUUCGUAUACUGUGUAAUGUAAUGUAAUACUCACUCAGUAAUACACGAAGUCUCGCCUUCGCAAGAUGAAAGAAUUUGUGUGAAUUUUCAAGUCAAAUUUGAUUAAGUUUGACCAUUUUUUUCAUGAAUUGAAAUAUGAAUAUCAUUCAUUUUAGUUGAUCUCAAAAUCUUUUGGAACUAAGAUUUGAAUAUUAUUGGUGUUGUGUAUUGCUUCAAAGUCAUCUUGCUUAAUUUCUUUU